GCCUACGUCACAUCUGCGACAUAUGCCUCCGCAGGGCUAGCGAACAUGAUAUCAGCGACCUCCACAAAUCCGUUCGACGUCGUCAAGCUGCGCCAACAGCUCUUGCUCGAGAAGGAGAGGGCCAAUUUCCUCAGCGUGGCAAGGGGUAUGCUGGGUACCGAGGGAGUCAAAGGGUUGUGGGCAGGGGUGACGGCUGCUUGUUUGCGGGAGGCCACGUAUGGCACGAUCCGGAUGGGCGGGUACGAGCCCUUCAAGCGCCUCUACACGUCAACAUUGCACCUGCCCGAGUCCUCCUUCGCCCUCAAGCUCCUCGCUGGCGUCUCCUCGGGAACAAUUGGCUGCCUCCUGUCAAGCCCCACAGAUCUAAUGAAAGUACGCAUGCAAGCCGUCCGUGAUCCGGCCAUGGGGCAUGCCCCACCCUACCGCAGUACGUUGAGGGGAUUCGUACAGGUGUACAGGGAGGAAGGUGGCAUUAAGGGGCUGUGGCGCGGUGUGGGGCCGAAUGUGGCUAGGGCGGGAAUAUUGACUGCUAGCCAGGUGGGAACGUAUGAUCAGACAAAGUGGUGGCUGAAGGGGCACUUGGGCUGGGGGGAGGGAGGAAGAUUGCAUGUUGCUGCGAGCAUGGUUGCGGGCCUCGUAUGCUCCCUAGCCUCAAGCCCAGUAGACGUAAUCAAGGUCCGCGUAAUGAACGUUGCGGCCGACUCUGCCUCGCACGAAUCAGCCCUUACCCUCCUCAACAGCCUCCUCCGAACGGAAGGUCCCUUGGCGUUAUGGAAAGGCUUCGGGAUGUGCUGGGCAAGGCUGGGAACACAUACGACCAUCUCACUGGUCCUCUUUGAGUACUUCCGCGGGUUGCUCGGAAUAAAGCCAUUAUGA